GGUGGCGAGGGCAGCGGGGCCGAGCGGGGCGCGGGGGGCAGCCCGCGGGCGGCAGGGCGGAGGCCGCGGUGCCCGGUAGGCCGCGCCCGGGGCCGAGCGGUCGGGGGAGGCCGCGGGCAUGGCGAGGGCCCGGCGGGAGCAGGGGCGGCGGGGCCCGGCCCGGCCGCGCUCGCCGCGUCCCUGUCCCGGCGCGUCCCGCGUGGGCUCCGGGAGCGGGCGGGACGCGGCUCGUCCCGCCCCCGCGGCACCGCGCCGUGCGCGGCCGCAAGGGCUUUUUGGGGUGAGAAUCCCUGCGGGUCGAGCCUCACCGGUGCCAUUGUCUGCCCCACGUGCAGGCCUUGGGAGGAUUCGGUUUCGCUCAUAGAUGCGAUUCCUCCCAGGCCGAACGCGGGAAGGCGAGGUAAACAAAGAGGGGAGAUGAAAACUUGGAGCCAGGUCGUCACUAUAGCAAUUCCAUCCUGUAAUGCAUACAGAAAGCUGGCCAAGGAAUACCAUCCUGAUAAGAAUCCAAAUGCAGGGGAUAAAUUCAAAGAAAUAAGCUUUGCCUAUGAAGUAUUGUCAAAUCCUGAGAAACGUGAGCUGUAUGAUCGAUAUGGAGAGCAGGGGCUCCGGGAAGGGAGUGGGAGCAGUGGCAUGGACGAUAUUUUCUCCCAUAUCUUUGGUGGUGGAUUGUUCAAUUUCAUGGGUGGCCAGAGUAGAAGUCGCAAUGGUAGAAGAAGAGGAGAAGACAUGGUGCAUCCACUCAAAGUCUCUUUAGAAGAUCUGUAUAAUGGAAAGACAACUAAACUACAACUUAGCAAGAAUGUCCUUUGUAGUGCAUGUAAUGGGCAGGGAGGGAAGGCUGGCUCCGUUCAGAAGUGCAACGCCUGCAGGGGCCGGGGCGUGCGCAUCAUGAUCCGGCAGCUGGCCCCAGGGAUGGUGCAGCAGAUGCAGUCUGUGUGCUCCGACUGCAAUGGAGAAGGUGAAGUAAUUAAUGAAAAAGACCGCUGUAAAAAAUGUGAAGGGAAGAAGGUGAUCAAAGAGGUAAAAAUACUUGAAGUCCAUGUAGAUAAAGGCAUGAAACAUGGGCAAAGAAUUACAUUCAGUGGAGAAGCAGAUCAGGCUCCCGGUGUGGAACCAGGCGAUAUCGUCCUGUUACUCCAAGAGAAGGAGAAUGAGGUGUUCCAGCGGGAUGUGAAUGACUUGCAUAUGACACACAAGAUUGGACUUGUUGAAGCACUGUGUGGAUUUCAGUUCACAUUUAAGCACCUUGAUGGACGUCAGAUUGUGGUUAAAUACCCUCCUGGAAAAGUAAUUGAACCAGGUUGUGUUCGUGUAGUCAGAGGGGAAGGAAUGCCACAGUAUCGCAAUCCUUUUGAGAAGGGGGAUCUCUACAUUAAAUUUGAUGUUCAGUUUCCUGAAAAUAACUGGAUUAGCCCAGAAAAGCUUUCAGAACUUGAAGAUCUUCUGCCAGCUAGACCAGAAUUUCCCAAUGUAAUUGGUGAUGCAGAAGAGGUAGAUCUUCAGGAAUUUGAUACCACUCGUGGUUCAGGUGGUGGCCAGAGACGUGAAGCUUAUAAUGAUAGUUCUGAUGAAGAAAGCAGCCAUCAUGGACCUGGGGUACAGUGUGCCCACCAGUAAACAUUUGUCUAAAAAAGUUGCACAAGGAUUUUCUUUCAAAUUUUGCCUGACUUGUUUUCAACAAUCCAGCUGGAUUGUAUAAGUAAUCCAGAUGAACCAAUGGACAUCUAUUGCUGUAUGUGUAACUUUUAAAUUGGUCUAUAGUAUCUACAGAGUGUAAUUUAAACUAACCACAAGCUUACAUCUUCAUUUUGACUGUGUAGCAGAAUAAAGCACUUGAAAGGAAGACGAGACUCCUUUUCACAUGGGUUUUAAGUUUGUCCUCGUAUCUGUGCUUGAUUUUUACCAGUUUUGUGUAGAUUUUAAGUUUCAUAUUUUAAAUUCAAAUUCUACAUUGUAAAGUUUGUGUACAAUUUGUCCUGAGGCUUGGUAUUUGGCUGCACCUGCAUAAGCUGCUACAAGUAGAAUCAAGAAUUUCAUAGCCUGUAUCUAUCAUCUAGAUGCAUGGUAAAUGGGCUUUGCACAUAAUGGGUUUAGAGCUGACUGGGAACAAUGAAAGACUAAAUUAGAAGUGGUUGUAAGUUUUUUUCUACCAUCUUGUGAACGGUUUCUGAAAUUAAAUAAAAGCAGUUGGUGUAUAAUAUA